CUAGCAUUUACAAGGCCCUGAGUUCAAUCCCUAGUAUGGGGGCGUUGGGGAGAGUCAUCUUGAAUUAAUGCUACAAGACUCCCUGAAGGGAGUCACAGCUUGUUCUGGGUCAUUAUCAGAGCUCCUUGACUUGGCUGCCUAACCUUUGACCCAAGCUAGUACAGUCUCUGCCCACCCCCACCUCUCGAAAGAGGUCACACAAUACCCUCUGGGAGGUACCAUUGACACUGUGUCAUGAGAAUAAAACAAAGCUACAGCAACAGCUACUAUUGAUUGAACAUGUACACUGUCUCCUGUAACCACAGCCAUCUGAGAGAGCGUUCUUGCCUAGUAUGCGUGAGACCAUGGGUAUUGAUUCUCAACACCAGGACAGGGGAACCCCAUUUUUGCAGAUAAGGAAGAGACAAAGUAAGCAACAUGAUGAAAGUCAUGACUAUUAGAGCUAGAUUUCUAAGCCAGGUCUCCUUAACUCUGGAAUCCAAGUUCUCCUGAUCACUGGUGAGCAAAAGAGAUCCUGCCCUGCCCUCCUACUUGCAACCUUAAAAACCCAGUCGCCAGCUAGUCUAAGUUUGGUCCCCUACGGAAGCCUUCUAGGGCCUGACAAAGGAGUUUCCGGCCAGGCCAACGGGGCGUCUUCUCUAAGGUUUUCUUCUUGCAUUCGGCCCUUUCGUGUCCUUCUCUAACCUUGACUCGAGGCCCUUCCAGCUGAAAUUCCAUAGGCUUCUUCAUCCUAGUGACCUCACUCAUCUUGGGGGCCCUGGCUCCGAUCUUUAGGGUGCUUAAAGAGUAAGGAAGGCCUGAGUUGUGGCUGGAGUUCUGUUAAGGUGGUCAGCAGUAGUAGUUCCUCACAGGAACAACAAACAAACAAAAAGGAUUUCCUUUUUCCUACCUCCAAGUCUCGAUUAGUUGCAGAAGUAGACUUGAAGAGGCAGUAAAGUAGAGAUGGCUUGGAUGAUUGGAAAGGCAUGUAAAUGCUUUCUCUUUUAUCUAUUUCUCCGCCCCGUUUUGGAGAUUGAAAAUCUAUAUCUUUAAAUAGUUUAACAUUAAGAAAAUAAGUAAGACAUGAAUGGAGCACUAGGACUUGAAGACAGACUCCUGAGUAAAGAAAAAGCACCAGACUAAGAAAUCCCGUGCUUGUGGAGUGAGGAUUCGGGCUCCUCCCCUACCCGAGCAGAACUUCUGAGGUCGUGAGAAGACUGCGCCUGGCACCGAGUGAAGGUGGCUAUUGUGACUUCCUGAGCCCGGGAAGGGAUGGCUCAGGGCCAAGGGUGUGACCUGGUCCAAAGCCCUGGGAUGGAACUGCCCUUCGUCCCGGCUGUACCCGAGAAAACCCGUUCUGGGCGAGAGGGCGUGUCAAAGGCGGAGUCUCCAGCCCGAUCUCCCGCCCCGCUCAGCGUCCGCAUGGUUCUCAUACAUUUUACCCCCAGAGCCUGAGGUCCUUAGUUGGCUUCUGGUUGAGGUUGCGCUGCAGAGAGGAUCAAUUCCCCAAGGUCUGACUGUGACCUCUGCCCAGAAAAGACCAAGGAACGCGCUCUUCGAGCAGACCUGGGCUCCACCGGCUUCCAACAACAAGUCUGGGACCAAGAGUUUUGGGGUUCGAAACAAGUGAGCCGCCCCAGAAGGACAGAGCCGAGGUAUUGGACUCGCCAUGGCUGCUCAUGGCCGCCGUCUGUGCCAUGUCGCUUUCCAUGUGCCAGCUGGACAGCCCCUAGCUAAGGAUCUACACCGCUUCUUCGGCUUCCAGCCCCUGGCGGUGCGGGAAGCAGGCGGCUGGAGACAGCUGGCCCUGCGCAGCGGAGACGCAGUCUUUCUAGUGAACGAGGGCUCGGGGCCGGGGGAGCCACUGUACGGCCUGGAUCCGCACCACUCGGUGCCCAGCGCCACGAACCUGUGCUUCGACGUGGAAGAUGUGGGCGCCGCCGCCCGGACGCUGGCGGCACUGGGCUGCGUGGUGCCGGUACCACCCACUAGCGUGAGGGAUGCACAGGGCACAGCCAUCUAUACAGUGGUCAGCUCUCCGGCUGGUAACCUUAGCUUUACCUUGCUGCAACGUGCUGGCUAUCGUGGAUCCUUCCUGCCUGGAUUCAGACCGCUGCCUUGCACGUCUGGCCCUGGCUGGGUCAGCCACGUGGACCACUUGACCUUGGCCUGCACCUCUGGCAGCUCCCCUACUCUUAGGCGGUGGUUCCACGACUGCCUAGGGUUUCGUCACUUGCCGCUGAGCCCAGGUGAGGAUCCAGAGCAGGGCCUCAAGGUGGCUGCAGGGUCUGGGCGAGGGGGACUAAGGCUUACUGCCCUGCAGAUCCCGCCUGACAGCACUGUUCCCACCCUCGUGCUGGCAGAGUCCCUAUCGGGACUCCCCAACAAACAGGACCAGGUAGAGCAAUUUCUAGCCCGGCACGGAGGGCCAGGCCUGCAGCAUGUAGGACUGUACGCUCCCAACAUCAUGGAAGCUUCUGAGGGGAUGGCGAAGGCAGGAGGCCGGUUCCUAACCCCUCCUGAAGCUUACUAUCAGCAGCCCGGCAAAGAGGAACAAAUCAUAGCUGCAGGGCACAAGCCUAACCUUCUAGGACGGCUGGGAAUUCUGCUAGAUGGCGCUAAAGACACAUUUUUGCUUCAGGUCUUUACCAAGUCCCUCUUCGCUGAGGACACCUUCUUUCUGGAACUGAUUCAGAGACAGGGGGCCACAGGCUUUGGCCAGAACAACAUCCGGGCACUAUGGCAGUCGGUGCAAGAGGAAGCUGCGAGAGCCCGCUAGAUCUGGGAGCCGCCACCUGUCCUAGGUGCUCUGAGGAAGGAGUCCAGCACAGGCCUGCUGGAGCUGACGCGCCUCACAGGACCACACCCCAGAUAAAGCCCAUCCUUCCCUUCAGGGCCAGGUGUGGGUCUUCAUUCCUACCAGUACCCGCCAAUUCUAGAGUCUCUCACCGGACUCCAAAGAGAUGGGACUUAAAAUGUCUGACACCUCUAGGUAAUAGAAUAAAGGAAUGAGGUCGUGA